UAACAUCCUUGAGUCAUUACAUGAACCAGAUAAGAGCGUUGCUGUCAUUUCAAAGUAACCCUCUUGCAAGGCAUAUCGCACAGCCAGAGGACUUGUCUGUAUUUGUCAAGGAUGGAAAGCCCCCUGCAGAAGGCAAAGUCUCUGAUGAUGCUCUACUGAAAUCUUUGUCCAUGUCAAGGUCUGCGCAGCAGCAAAUUCGACUGAUGAAUGGGCCACCCGGGACGGGAAAGACUUCCUUCUUGGGUCAUUUCAUUCAACAAACUAUAAAAGAACACAUAAAUAUUCCAACGGCCCCCAAGAAUCCUUACAAACUGCUUGUAUGUGCACCUACUAAACAGUCACUGGAUGUGCUUUUGAGGAAGAUUUGGAAAAAGCUUAAGAACAUGGAUGAAAUCAAACCAUUUGACGGUGAAGCUGUUUCACACCAGAAAAACAUCGUAAACGGUGUACAGAUUGUACGUGUUGGUGAAGAAGCUAAUGAACGACUAGAAGAAUUUCUCCUUUCGACUGUUCUGGCAAGAAAGAAAAAGCAAGGUGCCAAGCUUGGUGAUGCAGACCUUCGGACGAAGAUUCUUCAGCAAGCUGAUAUAGUUGGAUGUACACUUAAAGAUUGUGGAUCUAAGAUUGUGAGAGAAAGUCUGGAAGGAAAUGUAUUUGCACUAAUUGUUGAUGAUGCCUGCCACUGUUUAGAAACUGAACUUCUUCUCGCCCUUCAAUGUAAAACUAAACGUGUCUUUUUGGUUGGUGACAGAGAGCAGGAAAUCAUUCACAUUCGUUCAAAGGAGGCGAAGGAGUUGGGAUUUGGUCGUUCAAUGCUGGCGAGAAUCGCUCAGAAAUUUGCGAUGGAGGAUCAAAACACAUGUAUACAUAAUUGGGAUACUCAAUACCGCAUGGAGGCAGAAAUUGCAAAGUAUCCGUCAUCUGUGAUGUACUUGCACAAACUCAAGACUGAAAAGAAGCAAACGCCGUUCUUCCUCCGCCCGUACAUCAUCUUUGACGUGUCCGAUGGAAAGGAAUCUAUGCAGGGAGAAUCAGUUAUCAACAAAGCCGAGGCUUUGUUCAUUAAAGAGCUACAUGCACAUGUAGUCUGCAGCCUCCCUGACGAUAAAGAGUUAACCGUUGGGGUAAUCACCCACUCCGAUGGUCAGAGGGAUCUCCUGAAAAGAAGGCUGGAAGGGCAGAAAAUUCAUAAGACACUUGUAGGAACACCAAUAGAUUUCUUUGGCUUGGAGAAAGAUGUCAUCAUUUUGUGUUGCACAAGAACCGGAGGAACACCUGAUGAUCAUGGAUUUUUGAUGAACAAACAGGUACUGAAUCUUGUGUUGACCCGAGCCAACUUUAGUCUCAUCAUUGUCGGAAACAUGGCAAGAAUGAAGGAGUUUGCCAACUGGAAAUACCUGGUGGAUGAUGCUACUGGUAGAAAGCUUGUCUUCAGGACUUCCCAAGCAACCUACAGGGAAGAUGCACAGAACUGCAGAGAAAGAUAUUCCCAAGCCAGUACAUAUAGGAAGGGAUCAGAGUCACACACUCCAAGGACUGAAUUUCGAGGAUCAGCAGCUAGACAUCAGCAGAGAUUGGGACAGCCUGGACAUUCUUUGACUAAAUCCGUGGGAAGAAGUUCACCAGGAGACCAAUCAAGAUUGGGAACGGGUGGUCGUUCUCCAUUGACUGGAUCUGAAGUUCAAGUUUUGCCAGGAUAUCAGCAGACAUGGAGCUGGAACGGUCUAUCUCCGACAACUGAAUCUGAAGCUUCGCAGAGAAGAGAACAAGCAGGGCCUUCUAAUGGAAUGGAGCUCGUUUAUGAGAGCAGGCACAACCCACGUCAUGAAGGGAAUCCCGCCUAUGGUAAUAGCCAGGAUCCAAUGGAAGAAGAGGCAUUGUUCAGUGAAGGUAGCAACCCCAUGAUUGAAGAACAAGUGCAGCAUAAUCGGAAAGGAAUUGUUGUGGAUCAGACUAGGGCUGUGGAAGUUCCGUGCCAUGGACAGGAGGAGAACAGACGAUCAAUACAGGUUUCUGUUGAUGAUAACAAAGUUUAUAGGGGGAAGAGGCGUGUGAGCUUUAAUACAGAUACAGAAGAUCAUCAGAGACCAGCAAAGGUACCAAGGACGAAGGACUCUGCCCAAGAGACAUCCUCUCAGAUGAACUCAUCCACAAGAAGUGAUUAUCCACAAACAUCCAGAGGCUCUUCUCAACCCAGGGGCAUCCUAAAGAAGCCGCAUGAAACCAUAUCAGCAACAAGUCAUAGUAACGGAUUGAGUACAGACCAAGACAAACCCAGUAACACCAAUAUUCCUCAAAGACAGAGAGGAAAUGGCUCUAGUUACAUUCCAAAUCACGGGAGUGAUGACGGGAAGAAUCUGCAUGAGAUUGCUGUUGGUUUGGGAAACAAUGAGAGGAUUUCAAGAAAGGGAAAAGGUAUUACUAUAAGAGGUCGCACUUUUGGUAAGUUCAGACCUCAGAGAUCAAGAAGAAAAGAUAAUGAUUUAAGGAGUAAAAUUAGACCUUCUGGUGAGGAUGCUGAUGCAGGAAUAGCCAGAAGUCAUCAAGAUUUACAUAGUAAUUCAGGACAAUAUCACAGCCAUGGAAGCAAUCGGCAGCAAGAGGGUGUAGAUCAAUAUCCUCAACCCCUGUCCCAUUCAGAUCAGUCGCUUUAUGAAAGACCAGAGAAUAGAAGGAGUGAAAGGAGACAUUCGAGUGAGUCCCCCAAUGUGGGAACAUUUCAAAGUCGGCUUGGGCCACAUGAAAAUCGGAGGGACCGGUCUUUGAGACGGAAUAAUAAUCAGCAGCAAGGCAGAUCGGAGGAACGAUUGCAACGUCAAAGCCGUCAAGAGCCACCGCCAGAAAGACAUCUUCAGAGAUUAGAAUCGCUCAACCGACAUGCCACCAAUCCUGUGCAAUUAAACCCAACGAUGGAGCAUCACAGACUAGUCAACCAGGCAUCUGGCGGUCGCUCUACCGAGCUAACGGCACCUCUGCCAAAUGUAAGAAGAAGGAACAGCUGUAACCCUGUCAAAGAUAGCCAGAUGGAUUAUCAAGAUUGAACCCUCCACAGUUCAUAACCUUUCACAAAACCUUGUCAUGAUCUGUUGUAACAAGCUACUCAAAUUAAGCUGUCCUUUGGCUAAGGACAACGGCCCGACAACCUCAUAUUCCUGCCGAUAUGUACAUAGCUAGAUUGAUAGAGAGAUAGGAAGAUAAAUAGAUAUACAUGUAUGUUAUGCAAUAGUUUUAGUGAGGGUGAAAAAAGGGACUUAGUUUGCUGCCAAUAAAAGGUGUAAAAUAUGCAAUACAUCCUACAUUAUUUCUUUGUAUGUAUUCUUGUGUACCUAUACAUAUUUGGGGGUAAAAACAUCAAUUUUGGUGCCGUUUUGUCCAGGAAUCUAUUCAUGAACUUUUCCUAACUGUACUAUGCAAUAAAAUACCUUUUACUUGUAUUUUGCUGUUUUAUAGUGGAGACUGGCAAAACAAUGAAUCAUGUUAAAUGAUAAAUUUAUUUGGGUUAAUACAUGUAUCACAGAGUUCAUUGGAAUAAAGUGGUUUGCAUCAUCGCAAGACAGUCACUUUUUUCCACCAACUUGGGGAGGCCCUCAUGUUACAGUGGGCUGAACAUGGCUACUGAUGAUGAUGAUUAUAAUGAUGUUGCUUGUAUAACGCAGUACGCACAUUACUACCUUGUUGUCUCUACGUGCUGAGGAAUACAGACGAGAGAAGAAAAAGUGAAUUUAAUUAAAACUUGUUUGGAGACUGCUAAAAAGUGUCUUAAUUGAUACACUGUUUAAACAAAUAUUUUUGUUUAAUGUGUUACAUGUGGAUUGUGUUCCAAAUGUUUAGAGGUACAUGUAGCAUGACCUCUUCAUGUGGCAUUGUCUUGGUUGCAAGCUAGUGUGAUGCAGUCAAGAGCUUCCCUAGGUCCAGCUCACAAUAUAUAUGCGACGCAAUUGCACAAGAUCCUGUUGAAAACAAAAUUACCAAGUGUGCACCAACCUACAACGAGCUGCGCCUGCGACCCGCUUUGUUGCAGUAAGAUCGCAAACCAAAUCUCAGACAUUUGACAUGUCAGAUCUUUCUUUCCAAUAAGAUUUUGUCCUAGAUGAUGACAUCAUGGCCAAUUUGCUGCGCUUCUACAGCGCAGACAACAUACAAGCAAAAUAAGAGGCGCCGUGAGAUACAGCGUGGCUGAGCUGUUGCAAUGUGUGCGCUGGCCUGCGAUUGUGGGUCGUGUGGUCCAGUGGUUAGAGCAUUGGACUCAUAAUCGCAAGGUUGUGAGUUCGAAUCCCUACUCUGCCAUUGUCUCCACUUUGAUAAAAAGGCCCAAGGGUGUUAUAUGUCGUCUAUUACGUCAGCCACUAUGACUGAUUAACCUAGACGUAAAAUGUUUCCAAGGUAAUUGGUUAUAUACCAGCUUGGCGUUUACCAGCAAAAUGCUGUCCUGCCGAGUUCCUACGGGAGUUACCACAAACAGAAACAAACAAACAGAAUUGUACAGAUGUACAGAGUCGGGAUUUGAAACUUGUUGCAAUUAGAUUUUCAUUCAAUCGCAUCGCAUACUAGUAGUGUUCGCCGAGCUUCGUUGUCAGAUCUGUAAAUAUAAGUCAUACAUAC